AUGGUUCCCUUCCGAAGCAGUUCUCGGCGCUCCCGCCGCAGUCGUAGCCUCGACCGGACGAGCCAGACAUCCAACCCCCUCGAAUGGCAAGCCCAGCGUGACCAGUACAUCAUGACCUUUCCCGUGCAUCCGCUCCCUUCCAUGCAAGCCCCCUUCGAAGAAUCGAUGCUCGACGCGACGGGUGAGACUGGUUAUGUACCCUUUCAGGCCCCGAAGCACAACAUGGACGCCAGACAGCAGCUGCUGUGUCGGGAGGUAGAUGCCUCUGAGCUUGACUGGAACUUCACAUACAACUGUCAUUGGAGGAACAAUCCAAAAGGGAAAUUUCACCCCCUGCUAAAGACCAUGGCGCAGAUUGUCUUCGGUGUACAUCUCCUGCACCAGCACCUCGAGAAGUCGGUAGCGGAUGUGGCCGACAUAUUGCUCAAGCACGUGAAUGAGUUGGACGGCUUCCUACAGAGGGCGAACGAGGACAUCGAGGGUAGCCUGAAUGACAUGUUGUUUCGGCGGAAAUGCUUGAAGGUGCCCAUGGAACAUGUCAACGAAUUCGACCGUCUCCUGGACGACCGCACCUAUCGUGCACAGCUUCUCGACGGCAACGUCACUAUUGAGCGGACCAUAAAUCGGAUGUCGAUAUUACUGAAUGACUAUCUCAUAGAUAUGAGCACCUUUCGAGACGCAAAUAAUGACUUGGACAUGUAUCUCAACACCAUUGGAGACGGUUGGGUUGACGCGAAUGACGACGUUGGACGCAUAUACUCUGCCAUGUGCGGCAAUACCUCAGGAUGGUCACAGUUCUUGCAAAGCUUGGUCGCUAAGGCUGAAAAGCUAGGCGUCGUGCUUGUGCAGGUUAGCAGUUACUGCAACGAGAUUGAGAAACGAUGUGGCGCGGCAAGUCGGCGAAGUCUGUCAGAUCUUGACGAACACACUCUGCUUGAGCGAGGCCGACAUAAACAACGAGGGCGUAAAGACUGGGAUACUUCGCUAGUUGAAGGCUUACAGCAGCAUUCCAGUGUCGCUGUCAAUGAAGAUCGUGGGAGAGAGCAGCCUAUGCCGAAACGACCGAUCACGAACCCCAGCAAAGAGGAUCUGAGCCCGCCCUUGACUGGAAAGGACUCUGCAUAUUCUUCUUUAUCUGGUGGCUCUGUUGCAUCGCCCACCGCUGCUGCGCUUCCACGCUCUACAUCGGCCCAGGCUUCGCACCCUCGUGCACAGUUUGGCCUGUUUCCGAGCAGCAGUCCUGGAACGCCAAAACACUCCGUCUCCGGCCGGCACGGUGCGUUGUCUCCAGCCCUCUUGUCGCCGCGCACUACCGAACCGCUGGUCAAAGAGCCCGUACAGCGGUCUCAAUCGUCAUUUGAGAACUAUUCCUCGUCCUCCCGUCGAAUCUUGAGGAAGUCCAGUCUCUCGUCGAUCAAAAGGUUAUUCAGCAAGAAGAAACACUCCGGCGCCGACACCAUUGCGGAGUAA